UCGACUUGUGACACAUCUGAAUCAUGAACGACUUCGUUUGCUUUCUUUGCGCGCGCUAAUUAAACGCGUCAUAAUAGCAUAGUAUUUCUUCCUGUUUGCUUUAUUUGACUGAUUAAGCACGGAAGGACUUCCCUUCCCUUUCAGCUUCUUAUUUCUGAAACAUUUCCUCAUGAAGUUUCAAUCAAGGAUAGGAUCCACCAGAUACGGCUAUGGAAAUCUUACCAGAUGAUAUUUGGUUGGAGGUAUUUACAUUCCUUUCUCAGAGAGAUCUUCUCAGAAUUGCGCUCGUCUGUCGUACCUGGAACCGCCUGUCACGUGACAGCUCACUUUGGUCUCGCCUUGAUCUUGAACCACUCGCCAGAUCACUGUCUAAUAAUGUAAUACAGAGGUUGAUAAAUACCAUGUUUGCACCUCUUGGGAAACACCUGAGCCUCAAUAAGAACCUUGUAACGACGGAGAUUUUGCAAGGUUUGUUCGAACAUUGCUAUAGACUAGAAAGCUUGAGUCUUAAUGACUGCAGGUUUCAUUCAGCUGGACCUUGGUUCGAGCUCCGACCUGAUCAGGUGGACACGCUGACUUUCUUGGACUUAAGAAACGCCAGUGGAUUUGCUUCAGGAGUUGAGGAUGUUUUAACAAAAGCUUACAACUUGAAAUAUUUAGGUCUUCACUCCUGUAUUUGUACCAAACUGUUGAUAAGAAUGUUCAUGACAAAGUACAACCUGUGUAUUGUGGAUUGUACGCAUUGUGACUGGGUCACAGAUGAAACUAUACGUAUCAUCGCCGAGAACUCUUUAUUUUUGGAGUCGAUAUGUGUGGCAAAAUGCCGUAAUGUGCAAGGACGAACAUUGCCAACAUUGCUAGGAAAAUGUUCGCGUUUAAAAACGCUUAUUUUAGAAGGAACUCAAUUACGAGACGAAUAUGUCAAGAUGACGGAUUGGGUUCAAACAAACAUUACGGAGUUGAAUGUACUAAGCUGUUAUCGCCUGUCAUUUUCUGGCCUGUCAGACGUGUUACCAAAGCUGAAGCGCCUGCGCUACUUGAAAUGCGCGCUGACCGAUGAGAUCCUUCGAUCGAUUACGGACGGUUUUCCUUCACUGGAAGUUUUUUUCCUUCACCGUCGGUAUCCUGUCACGGUACAGUGUGUUAGUGAUUUACUAUUUCACUGUCCAAGUGUAACUUGUUUGGAUAUUUCUUCAAUUCCAUUAGCGUUUAUCUAUUUUGAGAGCUUUCUUCCUUGCAUGCCUCGGCUUAGGCUACUGAGUUUUGCAGGUAACGAACUCUUGGGUACCGAGAAAAUUCUCCGUUCAUUGGGUCGAAAUUGUCUUGACUUGGAAGUUGUCUGUGUGAACUAUUUCCAUUCAACAAACAACUUUGAAAUCGAACGCUCGUUUGUGUUUUUAAUGCAGAAUUGUCGGCGGCUCAAAGAACUUAUUCUAAAUGGUUUAUUUGUAAGUAAUUUAGUGGCUUGCAUUCAGAGCUUGGCAUAUCAUGUGUGCAAUAGGAAAGAUAUAUCAAUCGCAGAAAAUAAGCACUUUUUUCUUCCAGGGCCACGAAAUAGCUUAGACAAUAUUAAAAAUGCUACGUAUCAAUAGUUGUCUCUGUUGUAGAAAUUGUUAUCUUUGUUGUUACAUUUUUUG